ACUCAAUUCAAUUUAAGCAAAUUUUUGAUCAGAUCAUGUCCGAAAAUAAUUAUACUUUGGAGAUGUGUCUUUCUGUAGCUAUGGACAUUCGUUUAUUGGGAGGAAAUAUUAAGAAGGCGACGGUAAAAGGGUUUUAUGAGAGAAAUAUUAAAAAGAAGAAUGGUUAUAUUAGUACUUUAGAUCAAGAGACACAUAAUACCCCUUUGGCAAUUUCGAUUCCGCCAAUACCACCUGUUCCUUUAGUAUUGACUGAUUCAUCACGUGAGGAAAAAACCGUUUCCAGUGGAAACGAUCAGAGAAAGGUUUUGUCAAAAUCUUCUGAGCUGAUACAAAUUGCUCCUGAUGAUAGGUAUAAUUCUGAUUCUUUUGAUGACCUUAUUGAGCUUGACAAGAACAAAGCUGUGGAACAAGGUUUGAUACAAGAAUUACGAUGCUGUGGCAAUUCUAGAGUAUUUAAUGAUGGGAAGGAUAUCGGCACAAGCCGGUAUGACAGUGCCGAAAUUAACGAGUCUUGUGCUACCCAAAUUUCAAAGACCCUCAUUCCAGAUGCUGAAACUCGCCCCAUGAAAAAGAAAUAA